UCUGAUCAAAUAUUAGAUAUGAAGAGCGAUUUAAAUAUAAAAUUAAAACAAAAAUGUGAACAAGGAAUAUCCGAUGUAUGGAAAUUGAGGUCCUCGUUAUGCCAAAUUGUGAGCAACAUUUCCGAUGAGUGUGAUAUAUGGGCGUUAUUGGUAAAGCCGAUCUGCCCCGAAUUAUUACCAGUGACUGUAAAAGUAGAGAAUAUCAAGGUGGAAUUAAAAAAUGAACACCAGCUACAGCUUGCGAAGGAAAAACGGGAAAGGCUUAUUGCAGAGCGUGAUCGCUUACGAACCGAACCCGACAAAGGAGAGGAGUUUAUAAGGAUAAAAAAUGCUUUAAAUUACUCUAUAAACAACAUUGCCGACAUAAAGAAACGGAGUGUUUUACGAACAAACAGACACAUAAGGUGGUUUAGCAACAAAACUGAAGCUAGUGAAGAGAAUGCACCAAUUAAAUUCUCAACCAGUCCUGCUGCUCGAAGAGGUCUGAGUCCCGUGAUAAGGGUACAGAAGGACUCCAUGCCCUGGUAUCAGCCGUUCAGUAUUGUCGGCAGCGUAGCGAUAUUCCUCAUAUAUUUUUGCUUUAUCCGAGAGGAAAAUGACCUAGAUUUGGAAUUCAACAAGACACUUUAUGAAAGGAUUAAAGGCUUAGAAAAACAUCAAUUACUACAAGCAUACAAGUUCAACAAGGAAAAUGGAUACAGCGUGGAAGAGAUAGAGACAAGGCUUAAAGAAAUAGAGUUGGAGGAAGCAAAGUCAGCUGCAUAGAGAUAAGUUUUAGCAAAGUUGUGGUUAAAUUAAUAAAUUAUUUAUAAAAGUAG